AUUCCUAUUCAUUAAUCUUUUGAUCUUUUGUGAUAAAACCUAGACAUUAUCUCUUACUCUCUUAUCAAUAGUUCCUCACGAAAAAUUUGAUACGCCCAAAUGUCGCAAAACUAAGUUUAAAAUAUCAUCCAGGAUUUUCAUGGAAUAUUUAUGACAGUUCCAAAAUCGAAAUGAUUCUCCACGUAGCAGAGUUUAUUUAUCUUCUGCUUCUUUUGACAAUUUAUUUUUCGGAAGGAGCUUUUCAUAAAAAGACGUGUGAUGUUGAGGGGAAAUAUAAAGUUUGUACACUCGAUCAAGAGGAGAUUUGUCAUCCUUUUAAAAAGGCGGAUGGAGUGAAAAUAAGUAAUUUGGAGAGUUCGGCAGUUAUUGUGAAAUCCUAUCUUCCAUUCACUUAUGGAACUCAACUUAUCACGGAUAAAAACUGCAUAUUCACGAUCAAAACAAAAGACAAGGAUGACGGUCUGUUUGCUGUCAUUCAGAAUAUUAAUUUUCGAAAAAACGAAGAUGGGUGUGUCGAUUAUGUCCAGUUUAAGAAAGAUAAAGGGUUCUGGUCAGACAAAUUUUGUGACGAGAUGGAUAGAAAAACUAACGAAUCGGAAAUUCCAAAUCACUUAUACUCAGAAUUUGAUCCUCGGGGUAAUUUGGAAACUCGUAUUUUCAUCUCACAGCAACCAAUUAAGCAAGAUGAGCAUCUGCGUAUAACCAUCGUUUAUACUCCAUAUACAAAAUGUUCGAAGCUAGACAGAAAAAAUUACCGUGAAGUUACGCCCGAAUUCUGUAUUUGGAAAGACUAUAUUUGCGAUAAUUAUCAGAACUGUGCAAUCAUGGAUUGCGAUGACGAGAUUCAGUGUGUUCGUAGUGUAGAAAAUGACGGAAUAGGAACGCAAGUUACAAUCGGGGCUGUGACGACGAUAUUCCUCAUUUUUAUUAUAUUCGUCACGUGUCUCUGGAUUUGCAAAAAAUACCAAAAAUUGUGCUGGUCUCCGGACUGUGCUGGCCCGGGCGCUACCAGACCAAGUUUGACUUCUGAAACUGAACGCGUGACUUCUGCCUCGGCACCGACGGAACCAAUGUUGGAAAUAGCAGUGCCUGCUGGAAUUGCAGCUGGCAAGGAUUUGCCACCCAGUUACGAUUCGCUUUUCCCCGAGCAUUCAAAUACUACGAGCACGUAAUACAAUUAUCGAUAUUAAUUUAUUUAUAUAAUAAUAAUAAUAAUAAUAAUAAUUAUUAUUAUAAUUGAUUAACUAAUCGAGACUAGGCGCUAAUUUGGGAUUAUAUUUGUAUUUUCAGCUUAGAAGAUGAAAUAUUUAAAGACAUUUGAAGCGUCUUUUGGACAUGAAUAUCGUCGGUUCCGAUAUUUUUCAAAAUGCGCUUCAUUUGUUUGUAAAUACGUUGCCAAAUUUUGCGAGCAAAUGCAUUUUUGUACUAUUUUUUAAUUUAAUAUUCAUUAUUUCUUAAGAUGAUUCAACGACGCUUUUGCAAAUAGUAUUACUGAUUAGACUCCCAAAUUGACUGUGAAGUUUUACUCUCACGGCCAAAACUUAAAUCCUGUUUUCUAUUCUAGAAUUAAGAAGGUAUGGUUUUUUUUGUUGUUGUUGAGAAAUGUGAGAAAUUGUGUGAAUGUGAGUAGAGUAUUUUUGUAUUAGGGUACUGGAAAAGGCUUUGUUUUUUUUUUAAUGGCUGAUAUCAGGAUGUCUUCUCACCUGGAAGUACUGGGAUCAGGGAAUCUUUUUAUGUAAAAAUUAUUAUAAUAAUAAAAUAAUAAUAAUAUAACAGUAUGAUAAAAAAAUAGAACCUGGAUAUCACAGGGAACUUUUUUUCGAACAUCAGAAAAUUUUAUCGAGAACAUGAUUAAAUUGUUUGUUUUAAUUUGUAUUAAAAAAUUAAAUAACAAUGUUUUUUAA